AUGAAGUUCCUUAUCCUCUUUGCUCUGGUCGCCGUUGCCGCCGCCGGCGAGGUCAAGUUCCACGACUGUGGCCACAACGAGAUCACCAAGGUCGAGGUGGACGGCUGCUCCGGCGAGCUGUGCACGCUGCACAAGUCCAAACCGGUGCACCUCAAGUCAACCUUCACCGCCAACCAGGACACGACGAAGAUCGAGCUGAAGAUCACCGGCAAGCUGAACGGCAUCGAGGUGGCCGUGCCCGGCGUGGAGACCGACGGCUGCAAGAUCGUCAAGUGCCCCCUGAAGAAGGGCCAGACGGUGCCCUUCGAGUACACCUUCACCAUUCCCGCCAUCGUCCCCGCCGUCCCCGACACCAUGGUCACCCUGAAGGCCGUCGGCGACCACGGCGUCCUCGCCUGCGCCUCAGUGCACAACAAAAUUGAGAACUAA